AUGAAUUUAAUUUCUCGUCAUCAAAGCCUUGUUUCUUCCUCCUCUCGGCUUGGAAGCGUCAUUGUUCAUAUUGACGGAAACGGACAUUCAUCUAUUGAAAACAGAGAAAGUACUGAGAGAGUGAGAACCUUUUUGAGAACCAAAUUACGUAGCCCAUGUUACAAGUACAAAGGAUCAAUCGGUAAAAGACAACCGAAUAGCUGCAAUGUUUUUAAAUAUCCCAAUGAUGUGCUUGUUGAUGAAAAGAGAUCAAUGAUAUUUGUGAGUGAUUGUGGAGAAUUGAACAUUCAAGUAUUUGACCUUCAUCAAAAAGAGUUUUUAUUCAACAUUUCUUCGCCUGAUCGGCCUCGGUUUAUGUGUCUUUAUUAUAAUUCAUUGAUUUUCUCAUGCGAAAAUAAUUUGGUUUAUAGAUAUGACUUGGAGACAAGACAGGAGGUAUGGACCUCUAAAAAGGCAAACGCAUACAGUGACAUUCAAACAAUGAACAAUCCAUGUGGUGUGGUUAGCGAUGAAAUGGAUGAAAAAAUUUAUGUUUGCGAUUGCAAUCAGGGAAGAAUUGUUGUUUUAAAUGGAGACAAUGGCAUGUUUUAUAGAAGCAUUGAUCUCAGCACAAGGUCAAAAAAUCAAUACGAUGUGAGACCCUAUGGUAUUGAUAUUAAUGUGGACUAUAAUUUGGUUUUCUCAAACAUUGUUAAUGCUAAAAUUCAUAUAGUUACAAAAACUGGUGUUCCUAUUGCAAUAAUUGGCUCGCCAGGUAGUAGCAUUGGAUUAGAUUUCAAUUUCCCCUCUGGUGUCUUGGUCAAUAGCAAAAAUGGUAAUAUUUUGGUGUGUGACAGAAACAACCAUCGUGUGCAGGUAUUAAGCUCUAAGGGCCAAUAUAUCAAAUGCUUUGGUUCAUGUGGAUAUGAUGUUGGUCAAUUUUAUGAACCUCGAGGUCUUUGUAUCGAUCAUAGUAGCGGAGACUUGUACAUUGUAGACUAUGGAAAUGAUAGAAUACAAAUCUUUGAACAGUUCACUUAG